AUGUCCAGAAAUGAUAUUUUGUAUGUAAAAGGCAUGGCUUUUUCCGACACAGACGAAGCUGAAGAAGAUAUUUGGGACGAUAGCAAACUCAAUGAUGCAUAUGACAAAGCUCUGAAAAUAGCAAAUGCCGAGGUUGCAAAGAGGGUAGCAAUGUCGACUAACACUGCACAAACUAAAGAUGCUAACAGUAAAACAAAGUCAAAACCAAAUAAAACCUCUAAGUGGAAAGUCGGAAUGCAUUGUCGGGCUGUCUAUGAAGGAGAUGGAAUUGAGUAUGAAGCUGUUCUCCUGAGAAUUAUUAAUGAUAAAGAAUGUGUUAUUAAAUUUAUAGGUUACGAUAACACAGAACUAGUAUCAAUGAGCGAUUUGAAACAAAGUUUGGGUAAUGCAGAACGUGAACAACAAAUAAAGGAUUCGUUAGCCGAUAAAAAUAAUGAUUUACAGAAUUAUAUGGACAUUAGUGAUCGAGCUACAUCGCCUGGAAGCACAGCAUCCUUACAGAGAAAGAAAAAAAACGGCAAAAAGAAAAAUAAACAAAAACAAAGAAAUAGUUUUGAAUUCCCAGAUAUUCCUUUGCCAAAUUUAUCUCAGUUUAGAAAUUUAUCUCCGCUAGACGUUCCUCCGCCAAUGUUACAUCCACCACAGGAGUCAGAGGACCAAGCGUUGUCUUCAAUGCUACUGAGCUGGUACAUGAGCGGUUACUACACUGGUUUAUAUCAAGGAAUGAAAAGGUGA